UUUAAUCAUCUGUUCUGGACAGAUCCCUCCCCCCACCUCACCCCCACGUCACCGUUCUGAGGAGUCUGAUGACCUCUGUUUGUCUCUGCCCCGGAUCUGAGGUAGAAUCAACCGAAGCUUGAAAGUAGAAGAGCACCUGCAGCCUAGCACACCGCAGCAGCACCCUGGCACGCUGCAGCAGCACCCUGGCACGCUGCAGCAGCAUCCCUGCAAUGCCACCACUCUGAAGGCUGAACAGAACUGUCCCCAAAACCAGAGAUAGUUCUGAAUGUCACCCUUCAGACUGGCUGAAGCAAGACAUACAGGUCUUCCUGCCGCGAUGGAUUACACCCUGGAACCCAAUGUCACCAUGACCGACUACUACCCUGACGUCUUCACCAUGCCCUGUGACACAGAGUUCCUCCUCCGAGGCAGCAGGUUGCAUCUUGCCAUCUUCUACUGCAUCUUGUUUGUGCUGGGCCUUCUGGGAAACAGCCUGGUCAUCCUGGUCCUUGUGGCCUGCAAGAAGCUGAGGAGUAUUACAGACAUCUACCUCCUGAACCUGGCCAUUUCGGACCUGCUUUUUGUCUUCUCGUUCCCCUUUCAGACUCACUACCUGCUGGACCAGUGGGUGUUUGGGACCGUCAUGUGUAAAGUGGUCUCUGGCUUGUAUUAUAUUGGCUUUUUCAGCAGCAUGUUCUUCAUCACCCUCAUGAGCGUGGACAGGUACCUGGCUAUCGUCCAUGCCGUCUAUGCCAUCAAAGUGAGGACGGCCAGAGUGGGCACAGCCCUGAGCCUGGUGGUGUGGCUGAUUGCCAUCACGGCCACCAUUCCAUUGCUGGUAUUUUAUCAAGUGGCCUCUGACGAUGGUAUUCUACAAUGUUUCCCAUUUUAUGACAAUCAGUCUUUGAGGUGGAAGCUCUUUGCUCACUUUGAAGUAAACACCUUGGGCCUGCUGCUCCCCUUUGCCAUCCUUCUAUUCUGCUACACCAAGAUCCUGCACCAGCUGCGGGGAUGCCAGAACCGCAGCAGCACCAGGGCCGUCAAGCUGGUGCUCAUCGUCGUCAUUGCGUCUUUGCUCUUCUGGGUCCCGUUCAACGUGGUUCUCUUCCUCACGUCCCUGCACGACAUGCAUGUCUUGGACGGAUGUGCCCUGAGCCAGAGGCUGGCUCUGGCCACCCAUGUCACGGAAGUCAUCUCCUUCACACACUGCUGUGUGAACCCUGUCAUCUAUGCCUUCAUAGGAGAAAAGUUUAAGAAGAACCUAGAAGAUGUGUUUCAAAAGAGUUGCAGCCACAUCUUCUUCUACAUAGGGAGGCAAAUGCCGGCGGGGGCGUGGGAAAGGCAGCUGUCUUCACAUCCGCGCUCUUCCCACUCCUCUACCCUGGACUACAUCUUGUAGGAGGGUGUGCACAGGUUCAAACUCCAUCACUCUUCCCAAUCUCCCUCCCCCGCCCCCCGCUUCUCCUCCUCCCUCUCCUGGUUUACCGAGGCAGAAUCUCACUGGCUUUGAACUCUCAACCCUUUUGCCUCAGCCUCCUAAAUGCUAGAGCGCCACCCUUUGUUUGUUUGGUUUUUCCCUAAAUGCUAGAGCACCACCCUUUGUUUGUUUGGUUUUUCCCUAAAUGCUAGAGCACCACCCUUUGUUUGUUUGGUUUUUCCCUAAAUGCUAGAGCACCACCCUUUGUUUGUUUGGUUUUUGGUUUUUCGAGACAGGGUUUCUCUGUGUACCCUUGGCUGUCCUGGAACUUGUCUUGUAGACCAGGCUGGCCUCAAAUUCUGAGAUCUGCCUGCCUCCCGAGUGCUGGAAUCAAAGGCGUGCACCACCAUAUCCUUCUUUAAAAGAGAUAAAGUACUUUUGUUUUCCUUGAAAAAAGUAACCUCUUAGUUUUGGGAUUUUUGUGCUUGUGUUCAUGAGAAGUAAUGUUUUGUAAUUUUUCUCACUUUAUAAUGGUCUGGCCAGGUUUGGUUUCUCAAAAUGUAUUGAGAAAUAUUCCCUUUAAAAUCUAUUCUCUGAAACAGUUUCUGUUAAAAAAAAAAAAAAAGGCAUCACUUCCUCUUUGAAGGUUUGAUUUUUGUACAAAGAUUUGCAUUUGAUUUACCAGACAGAGACUGGUAAAUUCAGCUUUUCUACCUGCUUGUGAUUUGUAAGGAAUUUUGUUGUUCUGUUUAAGUUCACAAAUACAUUAGCAUGAAAUCUUCAUAAUUAAUUUUGUUGAACAUCUUUUCAGUGUGAGGAUGUCCCUUUCCGGUCCUGAUAUGAUCGUUUGUGGGUUUGUCUCUCUCCUAGGUGAGUUUUAGGGGACACAUCAGUUGGUUAGUCUUUGCAGGGAACCAGCCUUUGGCCACAGCGACUUCCGCUCACUUCCUGCCCACUGAUCUCUAUUUUAUUUUCAUCUGUUUCAUUUGGGCUUUAUUUUCUGUGGGCUCCCUGGGGUGCGGUUUUCUAUUACCUAAAUAUUCACUUAAUGCUACAAAGCUCCCUCUGAGUACUUUGUUUUUGGGGUGCAUUUUAUGCAUUUUAAGUUUGAUCUUAGCCAGAAAUCUGAGCAGCUGGCUUCCACCUCUGUCUCAGUCACUGUUCUAUUGCUGGGAAGAGACGCCAUGGCCAAAGCACUCAUAAAAGAAAGCCUUUAGUUGGGGUUGCUUAUAGUUUCAGAGGGUGAAUCAUGACCAUCACAGAGAGGAGCCGGGGAGCAGGAAGGGAGGCUCGGUGCUGGAAAAGUAGCUGGGAGCUUUAGAUCCUGCUCUGAAGGCAGCAGGCAGAAAGAGAGAAAGAAGUGGGCCUGGCAUGGGCUUUUAAAACCUCAGUGACACACCUCCUCCAACAAGGCCACACCUCCUAGUCUUUUCCACACAGUCCACCAACUGGGGACUAAGCAUGCAGACAUAUGAGCCUUUGGGGGCCAUUCUCAUUUAAAUCACAACAUUCAUACAGUAUCUACUUCAACCGUUCCCAGAGAACAUGCAUCUAAGAUUUCAUUUCUUUGAAAAUUUUGGAGAAUUAUUUUAUGAUGCAAGAUCUGGUUUUCAUUCACACAUGAAGAUAACAGGUAGCUAACACACUGCUCAAGGCUUCUGUGAAGAUAACAGUGACUGAUCACACUGCUCAAGGCUUCUGUAUUCUCUCUCUUUCUCUCUCUACUUUGGUCUACUUCCUUCAGGUUGCUUUUAUGAAUCAGUGAACUUACAGGGAUAUGGGUCUUUUUUGCAGAAGCAUGGGCAGCUAGCUACCAGUGGCCACAUUAAUGAAGAA